CUGGUUGGCAUAAAUAAAAAAAUCAAUGACUGAUUUUCUGUUAUGUCAUAAUUGACUAAUUAUUACAAACCAUUUAUUUUAGACGAUAAUAUUCUUUAUUUUCUUUAUAAACUAUUAUUAAAAACAUCACAUAAAAGUAUAAUUAUUUCUUUUCUUUCUUCUUGAGUGACUAAAACGAAUUAUUCGCAACAUGUCGGAUAUGAUAAUAAAUGAUUCUGUCCCGGUUGAUAAGAAAUGGAAUGAAUUAAUUAAAUAUAAUAUUUUUCUUAUGAAGUUAGUUGAAUUUGUAGUGGCAUUACUGCUGAACAUAGUGCCUCACAUUGUGGAACCGGUGACCACGGUGGGUUGCCUCGUUGCCGCCCCAACACUCAUGCUGUCCACUUUAAUAAUGGUGCUGUAUGUGGUCGAUCAAGUGAUGUAUGAGGCUGAACUGUAUUAUGUUCUGAUAGAACUCAGUUUCACACUAUUUGCUCUGUUUGAACUAUUUGUGUUGGGUAAAAUGCAAGGAGCGAUAUACGGAUUAUUCUAUCUAGACCUCACAAUUGCAUUCUGCAUGGACUUAUACUAUAUGCACAAGGAGAGGGGAUGGACUUUUUGAUUCAUACACAAAACUGUAUCAUGAAUAUGACUUUGUUAUCACAGUAACAGGAAAUUUGUUUUAAUUGAAAUAGUGAUAAAUUUUCCUGUUAUAUUCAAGCAAUGUGCCUAACAUGGCCAUUAUGUUCCAUAAAUACAGAAGUUAUGUUAUCAUAGCCAUGUUUUAUAUUUUAAAAUUAUUUAUAAGCGCCAUGAAGAGAUUAAGACGUGUGACAUUACAACAGUGUAUGUGGGUCUGUUUAAUUUUAUUAUUUUGUGCUGUAUAUUGGACAAUGAACAGUAAAGAUGAUUAUGUGAAAAUUACUUCACAAAAUCCUGUGAUAAUUUGGUGGACCAUGAGCUUUCCUGGAACAUCGGAGACUAGAAAUUGCCCUGGUGAUAUUAAAUGUGACAUAUACAGUGACAGAAAUUUAAGCAAAAAGUUUAAUGUAGAUGCUUAUCUAUUCUAUGGAAGUGAAAUUAAAUUUGACAAUCUUCCUUUACCGAGAAAUCCUAAAGAUACUGUGUGGGGACUGUACCAUGAAGAGUCGCCAAGGAAUGUCGAGGAGUUAAUGAGCGAGGACAUACUAAAGUUAUUUAAUUUUUCAUCAACAUAUAGCAGAUAUAGUGAUGUGCCUUACCCGCUUCAACAUUUAGAAACAUUUCAGGAUAUAACAAGUAAGAAAUAUUUUGCAGAAACUUCAGUGAAGAAUAAAUUAUUAAAUGAUAUAGCACCCGUGAUGUAUUUGCAAAGUGAUUGUGAGACAUCAACAGAAAGGGACGCAUAUGUAAAAGAACUGAUGAAAUACAUUAAAAUAGAUUCUUAUGGCACUUGUGUAAAUAAUAAAAAGUUGCCAAAAAAAUUCACUGAAGAUUAUUUGAAUAAUUUAAAUGAAGACAAUUUUUUGAAAUUUAUUGCGCGGUACAAAUUCGUGGUGGCUAUCGAAAAUGGCGUCUGUGAGGAUUAUGUUACGGAAAAAUUCUGGAGGGCCAUCAAAGUUGGUACGGUGCCUAUUUAUUUUGGGUCACCAUCUAUAAAAGACUGGUGUCCAAAUAACAAAUCAGCAAUACUUUUACAGGAUUUUCCGACACCAAAGAUACUAGCAGAGCAUUUACAGAAAUUGUUGAAUGAUGAUAAAUUAUAUGAAGAGUAUUUAGAACAUAAAACAAAGCAAUUGAUUUCAAAUCAAGGACUGAUUAACGAGAACAAGUAUCGGCCUUAUCAAUUGCAUAAUAUGAAGAUUGUUGAAGAGUUUGAAUGUUUCGUGUGUAGGAGGCUACACAAUAAACACAAUGAAACAAAUAUUCAUAUAGUAAAUAAGUUACAUUAUAAUUGCCCUAAACCUAUAUCAGCUUUGACCCUACAAGUAAAUCCAGAGAAUUUAUGGGUAUCCUCGUGGAAAGAGGCCACCUCAAGAGCAAAAGAAUUAUAUAACAAAAUUAUGACAUAAAUAUAGUAUAUUUUUGUACAUUAUACAUAAUAUAUUUUUUUACAAA